UGCCUGGAUCUGGUUGCAUGACACAACCUAAUCCCGUCAAAUGAGCUCUCACAAGUCAAUGUUGAGAGAGCCGGGCACGGCCACAACGCUUAUGCCAACACAAAGCCUUUAAAGGUGUCAUUCAUGGGAGCUUCUGGUGCAUUAUAAGUAGACAACGAACGUAACCCCGCUAAGCGGCUCGGGCAAGUGGUGAAAGGGCUUAUUGCAACAUUACACCAAAGCAUUAUUAUCGGAGUCUUAGGAAGGACUCUCCAAGAAGUGGUCUCAGUGAUCAUCGUCAGCGUGGACGGCAAAUAGAAAUAAGCGAGCCUCCAGCCAGGUCCAGUCCGGGUGGUAAAAAGGAUGGCCAUGUAUACAGGCAACUGCACGUGGAAGGGGUCACAUCCAGAAACAAGCUGUAGUAUGUUUGUACACGGACAUUGCUGAACUGUAUGUUCUUUCAGAGUGGAUUACUGUUGUGGUUAACACGACCCUGUUGCACUGAGCGUCAUCUAGCCUCGCGGUGUCCUUACUUAGACAAGACAGUUCCUCUGUCGGGCCUCCUGGAACCAAUGUCAACACAAGAAUGGCAACGUUCACUGUGACGUAAUUCUCCGCCGUUGUGAACUGCGUACAGUGAUCCGGUCAUACCACAGUGAUGGCGGUUGACAUGAGCAUGACAGAGCGCCUGAUGCGCCAGAAGAACGCGACUCUCCAGAGGCAACUGGAGGUGACGCUCCGAAUCCUGGACAAGGAGGACCGGAUCUCCCAGCAGCAGCAUGUGAAGGUAUUCCAGGAGUACAGCCACUUCCUGCGGGAUCUCUCAGUCAGAUGCACCGGGCUCGACACCUACUCCCAGCCCGACACGCGUGCCAUGAGGAAAAACUCAGCCUUGAAGGACAGACGUCUUUCUGUGAUUCCAAUUGAGGACGGAACACAGGGCCAGAACCAAACACCAGCCAGUCCGCGAAUACCGAGGCCGUCCACUGUGGUAGUUCCUGUGGAGGUCAAGAGAGCCAGUUCAGCACGACGUCACCUCAGUCCGGAGAGACAGGAGCCGAGGUUCACAACAUGUAUGGAAGUUUUAGAUGAUAUAAUCCAAAACCAUUCUUUGAGAAAAAAGCCAAAUAGACAGAGGAAAAUCGGUCUAAUAAUGCCAGCCUAUGUGGCUGGGGAGGGCAAACCUGUGCCAUACACCCCAAGACACAAUGAGGAACACAUAACUGCGGGUAAAUACCACCCUGUCCAUAUCCGCCCCACCAGCAGCUACAUCGCACAAGGGGGGAGGGGCAACACGGACAUCAAGUCACGCCCACACACUGCGCAGCCUCAGCGGUCAGCUGGGAGACAGACCUCCCAGAUGGCCUCUAUUCCCAUCACUGAAGAGACCUGGAGGUCGAACCCUGCCAACCAGAGACCCCGAAGACCCAAGUCAGCACCGUCUAAGUACGAGAUGUCUGGGCGAUCUCCAGCCGUGCCUCGUCAACAGGUGGCCGGCAUCAUGGCAGAGAUGAAGAGCAGGAGUGCAGCUACCAGGGCCAUGCUUAGUCGCAGCAAGAAGCUGAACAACUACAUUGCCAGCCUGGCCUGGCCAAGUGCAUAACGAUACCCAGUGUGGCAUAGCUGGCCAAACAUUUAACGAUACCCAGGAUGAUCUAUUCUGGACUAAAUAAAUGUUACCAAGGUUGGACGUUGGAAAUCGUCUGCUGUCUGUCGUUCACUGUAAACAAGUGACACAGGUGCUCUUCGGAUUGUGAGAAUGAACAGGUAUAUGUGAGCAGAAGAUCCACUGUUCCUAGGGGAGUGGAGCUAGCUUGUGCUUCAUAGUGGCUGCUCCGGGAAUACAAACACCAGAGCCAGGUCUAAUGUCGGUGUCAUUGCUAGACCACCCCAGUUGUUGUAGAUGUGUUCAGGGCUGUCGGGGAACCACCCAUGGAGAGAUGUGUCCGGUAUAUCCAUAUGAUGUUUCACUGUCUUGUCCUACCUGUAUAUAGUGAUUUUCACAAUGACUGAUUGUACCAGUGGACACCAGAGACAGCAACCCACCCCUGUGUUUUGAUAUUUUAUUAAUUUGCACUGAUUACAGACAACAUACAACAGACAACAGACAAAUAUUUUCUUGUGUGAUUUUUUUUCAGUUGUCAUCAAAUGACCAGUGCCCAUGUUACUGUUUGGGGCGUCCAACAUGAGACUGCCUGGUUUCUUGUAGAUGUUAAACUGUUAGUUGGUCCAGUGUGCCUUUGUCCAAGGGUCGAAGGCCUGAACGACAAUAAAUUUGUAUUACUUGUCA